AUGGAUUUGAUGAAUGAUGAGUAUGAUAUAGACGAGCCAAAGGAGAGGAAUAUUAUUAAGGGUGAUUAUGAUGAUGAUAAUAUGGGUAAUAAUGGAUUUUCUAUAAUAAAUAGUUAUAAAGAUAUUGAUGUGAAUGAUGUAAAUGAUUUAGAAAGUAUUGUAAAAAAUGAUGAAAUAAGUGUAGAUAGGAAAUUAGAAUAUUUUUAUUCCAAAUUGAAUAGUAACAUUUUUGAUAUAUUUCGCAUAGUAGCGGAUUAUGAAAAUAUAUAUAUUAUAAGUGGUGAAGGUUUAAUUAUUUAUGUGUGUAUGUUAUUGUCAAAAUUUUAUAGUUUUAAAAAUGAAGAAGAUAAAAAUAUUCUUUCUUUCGAUAACUCAUUAAAUAUGAUUAGUGUUGUUUAUUAUAUAGAAAAGAUUUUAAGUGAUAUUUGUGCUUGUAAUUCUAAUUUCCAUAUAAUAUUUUUUAAUGUAUUUAAUAUAUUUUUUGAAAAGAAAAAAAAUAAAUUAUUUCAGAAUUAUAAUUUAUUAAGAAAUGCUUUUAUAAUUCAUUGUAAGAAAAAUUUAAUACCAUAUUUUAUUUUUAAUAACUGGUAUAAUGAUGAGAAUUAUAAUAUUUAUUUAAUUAAAUAUAAACCACUCUUUAUGUUUGUUGAGGAUAGUUCUUCUUUUUUAUAUGCCUUUAAUAAAUAUUAUGUAAGUAAUGUGAAUACUGAUAAUAAGGAGAAUAACGUAAAUAUUAACCAAGAGAAAAAAAACAUUUUUGUUGAUAAUGAUAAGAAUAUAAAUGGUGAUCAUUAUGAUGAUGAUGUUGAAAAUAUAGAGAAAAAAAAAAAUUAUAAAGAAUAUAUUUACAAAAAGAACAUAUACGAUAGCUAUAAUAAUGAUAUCAGAGAAAUGUCAUUAUGUUUUUAUUUUCUUUUAUUAAAUAAUAUUUUAAGAGACAUCAAAUGUGUAUUCUUUUUUAAUUUAGAAUCAGAAAAAAAUACUAUAAACGCCUUUUCUAUAAAUUAUACAGGCGUUAAUUUUGAGGCCAUGAAACAAUUAAAUGACAAGGCAUCACUAUUGUUUGAUAAUGUAUAUUAUGAAAAAAAAGAAAAUAGUAACAGAGAAGAAAUAAAUGAUAAAGUAUCAAAACAAGGGUGUAACUUAAAUGAUUCUGAUUCAUCGAAUGUUUUAUAUAUUAAUAUACAAAAUAUAAAAGAUUAUGAUAUAUUAUAUAAAGAAGAUAAUAAAAAUUAUAAUGAUGUGGAAAAUCAAAUGUUGAAUCGUUUUAUGAAUAAUGUAAAAGAAGAAAACGUUGAUCUGAAAAACAUGGCUUUGCAUAUAUUCUUUUAUAAAAUAAUUGACGAGACAGAACAUGUAGUGCAUAUGAACAAAAAGGAAUAUAAAUAUUUUCACUUAGUUAUGAAAAUUUUAUUUUUACAUAAUUAUUUAUUAGAAAAAAUGAAUAUGUUAAACCUUUGUAUAGAUAAUUUGAAUGAAUUUAAUGAUAUAUAUAAAAUAAUAAAAGAAGCUGUACAUACGCAUAUAUGUGAUUAUUUAGAUGUAUAUAAUUUUCUUUUAAAAUUGUUACAAAGAUAUGAAUAUAGUAAUAUUUUAAAAAGUAUACGUAAUAGUGAUUUAUUAAAUUUUUUCAAUUCAUCAAUAAUUCAGAAUUUAAUAAAUUUCUUAUGUCAGAAAAUAAGUCAAGACGUUUUUAUUAUUGAAUAUGAUGAUAUGCCUUUUGAAGAUAAAGACAAUUUUGAGAUGAGUUAUAAAAAUAUAUUAAAAGAAAAGUAUGAAUGUUUAUUUCCAAUCGAUUUAUCUUUUUUAAGAGACGAUAUAAAUAUGUUAUGUAAAAGAGGAGAUGCAACUAAUGAUGAUAAUGAGGAUAAUAUUAUUAAUUCUAAUGAUGAUAGGCUUGAAGUUGUAAGUAAAAAAAAGGAGGUGAAUGAUGAUAAUAAAAAUAUUGUUACUAUAAAUUUGAUUAGAAUUAAGAACGAAUUAGUAGAAACAUUUUUUUAUUUAAACGAUAUAAGUCAUAAUAAUAAUAAUAAUAAUAAUUGUGAAGUUGAUAAUAUGAUUGAAGAGAAAAAGAGAGAAAUGGUUUUAAAAAUAAUUUUUAUUAAUAAAUGCUUAGAAUAUGAUAAUAAUUUUUUUGAAUUAACGGGAAUGUUACAUAUAUCCGAAAGAGAAAAUGUUGUAGAUAUUUUUAAUAGUUAUAUGAAAUUAUCUUCUCUAAGUCGAAAUCUCCCAUUUGCUAAUCAAAAAGAUGACAAAUAUAAAUUAAGACGUCAACAAAAGGAUGAAAGAAGGAAAGCUAUAAUAGCCAAAUAUUUUUAUAUUAGUUCAUUACAUCAUCCUAUUGUUAUAUCUGAAAAUCAUCCUUGGAUUAAAUAUUAUUCUUAUAAUAUUGAAAAGCUUUAUGAUUAUCUAAGAAAUGAAGAAAAGAAAAAGGGUAUUACACAAAGAAUGAAAGUAUUAUUUGAUAGUUCAUCUGAAAGGGAAGAUGAUGAAAAAGAUGGUGACCAUGAAAUUGUUAAAAUUAGUAAUAUUUCUUCAGAUCUUAAGAACAAAAAUAAAAAAAAUAAAAGAUUAAGUGAUUCUAAACAUACUAAUGAAAAAACAAUAAUGAAGAAAAAGUUAUGUACAAAUAUUAAAUUAAAAAAAAAUAAUGACAUCUUUGAAAUAUUAGAUGAUCAUUUUGAUGAAGAUUCAGAUAGACCUGAAGAUAUGAAUUCGAUUAAUGAACAUGGAAAUAAGAAAGAGGAUUCUAGUAAUAAAAAAGGGAAAAAUGAAACAAAAGUUGGAAAAAAAGGUUCCAAAAAUAGUAAUGCUACAACAUUAAGUAGAAAAGAUGAGAUUUUAAAAAAGAAAGAAUUAUCUAAUGAAAAAAAGACAUAUGAAGUAGAUUUAGAAAGAUAUAAUAACUUAGAACAGAAAAUUGUAAAAUUGGCUAGUGAUGAUAGUUAUGCAGAAAUGAAUGUAUGGUCAUUAGAUAUUAUAUCAGGUUAUAAUAGAUUAGUAGAUGUAUAUAAUUUUAAUAAUAUUACUAAUUUAAUAAAAAGCGUCGAUUUACAAAUUAAAAUUAGUAUGAAGGUGUUAAAUUCCAUGUUUCAUAUUAUAAUGUAUACGAAAUUAAAAAAUAUUAAAACAGGUAAACAAAAAUCAGAUGCUAUUCGAAGUAUUAUUUUGAUAUAUAGAUUAACCAAUGAUAUUUUUAAUAAGUUUAAAGAACACUUAAGUGAAAAGGAUGUUGUGCAGAUACAAACGGUUUUAUUGUCUUUAGGGUUUCAAAAUAGUAGUUAUAAUUUAUUUGAAGAAUAUGUAAAAUUAAAGAAAGAUACUUAUAAUGCAUCUUCAAAUGAUGGAAAGGAUGAGGCUGGAAAUAAGGUAGAUGAGUGUGUGAGUUCAGGUAAAAAGGGUAAAGAGAAUAAAAAGGAAGAAAGUAAUAGUAAGAAAAAAAUUAGUAAAGGUAAAAAAGAGAAUAAUGAUACAAAAGAUGUUAAUUUGAAGAAGGCGUCUAAAAAAGGUGAUGUAAAUAAUAGUAAUAGUAUUAUAAAAUCAUUGGAUGAUAUAUAUAAAUAUAAAUUAGAAUCAGUAAAAACCUAUAGUGAGUUAAAAAUUGAUGAGAAUAAAGAACAUGAAUUUCAGUUAUAUUAUAUGUAUUAUUUAUUAGAUAGAACCACUGGAAAUAUAAAAGAUAGUCGUGUUUUAUUUACAUUGGAUACAUGGCAAUAUAAUAUAUUAAAUUUAGUUGAUAGAAGAAAAAGUAUUUUGGUAUCAUGUCCAACUAGUAGUGGUAAAACGUUUAUUUGUUAUUAUGUUAUGGAUAAAGUAUUAAGAUUAAAUAAUGAUAGUGUUGUUAUAUAUGUAGCACCUAAUGAUACAUUAGCUUUACAAAUUUAUCAUGAAGUAAAUGGUAGAUUUAGUACUAAAGGAUAUUCGAAAUAUGGUGGUAAUAAAUUAUGUUCUUAUAUGACAGAUAAAUAUGCUGAAGAGAAAGCUUUAGAUUCUCAAAUUAUUAUCAUUUUACCGAGUAUUUUAGAAAAUAUUCUUCUUUCAUAUUAUGCUUUAAAUGAUAUGAAUGAAAAUAUGAAUGUAUCUAAAUUUAUUAGUAAAAUAGAAUAUAUAAUAUUUGAUGAAAUUCAUUGUAUAGGUGAUAAAGAAUUUUAUGGUAGUCAAAUUGAAAAUAUUAUUCAUUUAAUUAAUUGUCCAUUUCUAGCUUUAUCUGCAACUAUUGGUAAUAUUAAUUGUUUUUAUUCUUGGUUACAAAAUGUAUUAUUGAAAAAGGGAAGAAGUAUAAAUGAUCUUCAUUUAAUUAAAUUUUAUGAGAGAUUUUCUGAUUUAAUAUUAUAUGUAUAUACUAACAAAAAUUUACACCAUUUAAAUCCUUUAACUUGUUUUAAUUUUAGAGAUAUAUUAUAUAAAGGUAUUAAUAAAGAUUUUUAUUGUAAUCCUAGAGAAAUUUAUGAAAUUAUUAUCAUAUUAUUUGAAUUAGCUAGAAAGAAGAAUUUUUAUCACCUUGUCGAAUUUUUAGAACCUUCAUUUUAUUUUCAAUAUACUAGAUGUAUUAAUAAAAAAAAGUUUAUUUAUUAUAUGCAUAGUGUAAAAGAAAUGAUAGUGUAUUUGAUACAAAAUAAUUAUAUUAACAACUUGGAAUAUGAUAUGAUUAUUCAUAUAUUACUAUCGAAUUAUAUGAAGAAUUCAUUUUAUAUAAAGGACGAAAAUGAGGAAGAUAUAGAAAGAAAAAAUAAAAUAAAUGACAAUAAUAAUAAUAAUAUUAAUUGUGAUAAUACAAAAAAUAAUGUAGAUGAUGAAGACGUAAAAACUAAUGAUAAAGUAAUUAAAAAGAGUGAUAAAGUGGUUGUUAAGAAUUUAUAUAAAAGUACUAUUCGUGAUAAUGUUCCUAAAGAAAAGUUAUUUCAAGAAUUAUAUAAACGUGUUAAUUUUGAUGAGAAAUAUAUUUCGAAUAGAACGAACGAUUUAGUAAAAUAUACUGAAAUGGUUAAUAUGGAACAAGAAUAUUUAGAUAGUGACAAAUUAAUAGAGUUAUUAAAAAAACUAGAAGAUAUAAACUUUUUACCAUGUAUUGUUUUCAAUUUUGAAAGAAAAGAAUUAGAAGAUAUGACUAUUAAUUUAAUAAAUGAAUUAAUGAAAAGACAACAUGAUAAAUAUUAUGGAGAUGAAGAAAGAGCAUUUAAUACAAAAAUGGAAAAUAAAAUGAGACGUGAAAAAUAUGAAAAUAUGUUAAAACAAAGAGAAAUGUUAUUAAAAAUGAAAAGUAUGUCUAGAAAUCAAAGAUUAGAACAAAAUAUCGAUAAAGAAUAUUUAGAUAUGUUAAUAGAUGAUGAAAUACCUGAACCUCCUCUUGAUGUUUCUGAAGAAUAUGAUAAAGAUUUCUAUUUUUGUAAUCAAAAGGUAUAUUGUAAUUAUGUAACCGAAAUUGAAGAUUUAAUUAAAGAUGCACAAAAAGCUAUAGAAGGUAGAAAAUAUAAAUCUAUAUUAAUUGAAGGUUUAAGAAGAGGUAUAGGUUUACAUUAUGAAGUAUUACCAUAUAAAUUUACUAUUAUUGUUGAAUCAUUAUUUAGAUUAGGUUUUGUUAAAAUAAUAUUUAGUAAUAAAAACUUAUCAUUAGGUAUUAAUAUUCCAUGCAGAUCCAUUAUUUUUGCUGGUCAUACCAUUGAAUUGAAUUCACUUAUGUUUAAACAAACAUCUGGAAGAGCAGGAAGACGUGGUUUUGAUUUAUAUGGAAAUAUUAUUAUUUGGAAUAUUAACUUUAAAAAUUUGAAAAGAUUAAUUACAUCACCUUUACAAACUCUAUCAGGAACUUAUUCUGUAAAUUUUACAAAUAUAUGUAGAAGUAUGUUGUUAUAUAACAGUUUAAAAAGGAUAAGAGAGAAUGAAGAGGGUAGUUUAAAAAAUAAAGUAAUUGUGAAUAAACCAAAUAAAAAGAAAAAGAAAGAUGAAACAUUAAGUGUAGCUGAAAAAGAAGAAAUAUUUGAGAAAAAUAGAGCAAUAAAUGUUAAUUAUUUUAGUAGAAUUAAUGGUAUCUUAAGUUUGUUUUUUAAUUCUUUAUAUUACAUAAAUUCCUUUCAGGAAAGUGAACAGAAUUAUAAUAAUAUGAAUAACGUUGUUGUAUCUGGAGAUAAUGUAUGUUCUUUAACGACAAAUUGUCAAAAUGGAAAUGAAAAUGGUAAGGGUCAUAUAAAUAAUAUUAGUACAUGUACCACGACAAGUACCUCUAGUGUAAACAAUAUGGAAAAUAAUAAUAAUAGUAAUAUGAAUGGAUGUGGUGAUAAAAAAAGUGAAGGAUCCGAAAGACAUGAAAUGAUUCAACAUAUAUUACACGAAUUCAAUGAAUAUAAAGAAAAUGAUAAAUUAUCAAAAUUUAUUAAUCGUGAAUAUGAAUAUAAUGAAUUACUUGUUGAAUUAUUAACAAACAGAAAAAUGAAAAAUAAUAAACUUCAAGAAGAAAAGGAAAUUAAUGAAUUAUGUUUUAUGACUAGAGCUCAUUUUCAUAUAUUUUUAAAUGUUCUUAUAGAAAUGGAAGCUUUAGAUGAAGAAGGUAAUAUAAUAAAUUUAACUGAGUUAAGUAUAUUUUUAAAAAAAGAAUAUGAUAAUAAUUUAAUCAUAACAUAUUUAUUAAUAAAAAAGGUAUUGCAUAAUAUUAUUGGUGAUAAUACAUUUUUAUCAUCAUCUGUUGUUAUAUCUUUAAAUAGAAUAAUUGAUAGCAUUACAUUUGAAAAAAAUUAUUAUCGUAGUAUUAUUGUAGAUGAUUCCACCAGAGGUCAAUUUAUUUUAUUAUUUAUUUUAUCACAUUUUAUAAAUAAAAGAAAGGAAAAUAAAAUAGCUUUAACAAAAGCAUUAAUAAAUAGUCAAUAUGAAGAAAAUAAAUCUAAAUUAGAAUUAUUUAGUUCCUAUUAUUUUCCAUUAUUGCAUGCUCUCCCCACAUCUAUACAAAAACAUAUUGAUCAUAUUGAAAAUAUAUUAUUAAAGUAUUUGGUAAAUUAUUGUUUGGUGGUACUUAUUAAAUUGAAUUUGUUGAAUAAAAAGAAGGCCUAUUUAUUGCCUUACACAAAAUUGUACAUUUUUGAGCAACAUCCAUGUGUGAGUUUAAAGGAUAUUUUCCCUAAAAAAGAAAACGCUGACUAUUUUAAGUUUUACAAAUCUAAGUUACGAGAUUAUAAAGUGAGAUCCCCGUUUUUGGUUUCUCUUUUUAAAGGUGACAAUUUCAAAAGCUUAGAUGAAUUACUUUAUACAUGUUUACAAGAUUUUGACUUACGAAAGGAUAUGUUACCAGAUAUAGUAGAAAACUACGUAUCAUUUUAUAAAUACGAGGAUGGUAUAAUUAAAGAGGAAAAGAUAUGUUUGAAUAAUUCUUAUAUCCUUGAUUAUUAUAUACAUGGAAAGUAUGAUGUGUUACGUAAUAAAAAUAAUCUUGGUCAAUAUACUUGGUAUAUUAUUGACAGGUUUAUAAAUUCCUUAAAGAAUAUAGAACAUUUCUUAUAUGAAGUAAAAAGAGAAAGAUUAUUAUUAUCGUCUGAUGUCUUUUAUACAAAUUUGAACACUUUAAAAGAUUAUCUUGAGAGAAAUUUUAAAUCAAUCAAUUCGUUACAUGUGAAAAAUAAUUAA